CAGCGGCUGUCAGGGGGCGGGGCCGGGCUGGUUGUGUGGUGACGUAGUGGUGACGUAGACAGAGCCCCGGGGUCGCUGUGUGGCGGGGGCUCCGGGACUCUUCCUGAAGUUUUAUCGCGGAUGUCGGGAGAUGCGGCCCGGGCGGAGUCAUGUGACCGAUCGCUAUGCGAGAAAUAACAGCUCCAGGGGUCAUAGUGAUAAGACGCUGCGCAGGUGACAGACGGCUCCUUGGCUGUAGGGAGAGGAUUGUCGGCUCUCGUUCCAGGUUAUAUCUGCUCUGGGCUGUAGGGGGCGGUGUGGGGCACCAUGCCAGAGCUGGCGGGUAUGAUCACCGAGAGCGCCGACUGUGCCUGGGAGCCGCUGUCCCGCAGGGAGAAGGUGCCGUGCGAUCGCUUCAAACACGCCGCGGCGGUGUGUAACGGCUUCGUGUACGUCCAUGGCGGUCGGCAGGACACCGUGCUGGGGGAUUUCUGGAGAUACAGUAUAGCUCUCGGCCGGUGGGAGCAGCUUCCGAGCUGCCGACAAGCCCCCGAUAAGCUGGAAGGACACUCCAUGGUGGCCCACGAGGGGGUCCUGUAUAUAUUCGGGGGGAUGGUGGACUUUGGGGCGAAUCGAGAACAUACCCCGCUCUGGAUGUACUGUACAGAUACAAGACGAUGGUGUGAAGUCAAGGCCCAGGAGGGACAGGAGAACAGACCCACAAACAGGAAGGGGCACAGCGCAGUCGUGUACCAGUCGGCCAUGUUUGUGUACGGAGGCUACUUCGAUAUUGAGGGGACGGUGGAGGAAUUCUGGGUGUUUUAUUUUGAUACACAGAAGUGGUCACCGCUGAGUCCUCACACGCGUGGCCUGGGCCCCGGACCCCGACAUGGACACUCCUGUGUUACCCAUAAUGCCGCUAUGUUCUUGUUUGGAGGACUAAAGAAUAUGGCUGAACAGAGCGACUUCUGGAGAUUUGAUUUUCGUAGACACAACUGGUCGGUCAUCAAAACCAGCUCUGGUCCCCCUAAACUGGUCGGCCACGGUUGUGUGAUCCAUCAUGGCUGCCUGUGGAUAGUCGGAGGAGGAUUACCGUCUCGCACUCCUGUCCAUAAUUUGUGGAGAUAUCACUUUGCUUCUCGCUCCUGGAAGAAAAUCUCCAGAGUGAUGCAGAAGGUGGACUGCGCGCGGAUGUAUAACUGCGCGGUGGCGGUGGGCGGUCAGUCCACGUCGGAGGACCGGAUCUCCUCAUUGUGCAGCGAGCACUCGGGGGCGCCGGGCGGUGACUCCUCCGUGGAGAAGCUUCACUCCUUCCUCACUUUGGGCUCCAAUAAAGUCUCCACCAUCUCCAGCUCCAACCUCAUCGAGAUGAAAACCUUUAAGGAGCGCCCGGCCUCCCCCACCCUCUGCUCCUGCACCUUCUCCUCCUCGGGGGGAGACGAGCGGCGCCUCCUCACCGGCUAUGGGAACGAGUCUUUCACGCUGGUGGAGGAGGAUUGUGCGCAAACUGCUCUUCCCUGCGAGGAUCGGGCCGAGGACGUUUUCCUGAUGAUCGGGGGGAAGCCGCUGUCCAGACACUGUGAGAUCUCCGUAGUGCGGAUCGUGGCGGAGUAGUCACCGCCGGAUCUACUGGAUCAUCUGUUACAUCGUAUGGCUGCUCGGAGUAAUAACAGGGCGGCCAUAUUUACAUAUCAGUCGUGGAAUAUGUGUGAAUAGGCUGCGAUGCUGCAGCGAUCACAGACCUCACCUAAUGGUCAGAUGACUACAGGCGCUGUUCUCUGUUAUCAGCCGGCUAGGAGAGGCCGAUUGUAGUGCUCUUCAGUGUGGUGCAGAAAUCUUAUAACGUUACGGAUCCUAUCAAUCUUAUUAUAGAAAUGCGAUAUUGAGACGUGUCUUCCAGAUGGACGCACCGCUGACUCUGCGCUAUAUUAAUAGCCGGUGACCAGGACCUGAGCUAAAGAAAGAUCUGCAAGGGUCAUAGAUAUCCUUAUAGCAGUGUUUCCCAUCCAUGGUGCCUCCAGCUGUUGCAAAACUACAACUCCCAGCAUGCCCGGACAGCCAACGGCUGUCCGGGCAUGCUGGAAGUUGAAGUUUUGCAAAAGGGAAGCCUUGAUUUACCUUUCAUGAUCAGUGUGGAUGCACUGGAGGAGACAGACAGGUGUUUGGCUGUUCCGGCAUGCUGGGAGGUGUAGUUUUGCAACAUUUGGUUGGACAUCGGGGCAUAUUGGGAGGCACCCUGAUUGAGAUCCAUUGCGUUACAGGGUAUACGGACAGGGACUGACUCCUUGUGACUAGGGAUGUCCCGAUACCAUUUAAAACUAGUACAAGCUGAUACCAAUUACCGAUACUUUGUCAUGUGACAGUUUUUUUGUUUCUUUUUAUAAUGGGGAAAGAGGUGUUUUUUUUUUUUAUAAUAGAGGAAGGCUUUUAUAUAUUUAAUUUUUUUUAAAGAUUUUAUAUUUUAUUUAAAGGGGUAAAACAUUUUUUCUUUUAAAUCAGCUGGUGCCAGAAAGUUAAACAGAUUUAUAAAUUACUUCUAUUUAAAAAAUCCCAAUCCUUCCAGUACUUAUCAGCUGCUGUAUGAUCCACGGGAAGUUCUUUUCUUUUUGAAUUUCCUUUCUGCCUGACCACAAGUCGCUCUCUGCUGACACCUCUGGCCAUGUCAGGAACUGUCCAGAGCAGGAGAGGUUUGCUAUGGCGAUUUGCUCCUAUUCUGGACAGUUUCUAAAAUGGACAGAGGUGUCGGCAGAGAGCCUGCAGUAAAAGAGCGAGGCUUGGACGGCGCGGCGCACGGUAUGGGACCUCCGGCCGUCCUCUCAGCUGAUCGGGACACGGCGAUUUCACUGCGGUGAUCCCGAUCAGCAUCCCUGAGCUUACCGGCAGUUAAUCUCAGGACUUCUAGACGCCGCAAUAGACUUUGAUUGCAGCAUCUAAAAGGUUAAUGCCGGACAUCACCGCGAUCGGCAUUAGCCACAGGUCCUGGCUAUGACGCGCGCUCAGCUGCCGGGCGCACUGCAUAGUUCGGCACCUCCGUGAUACCUGCCGGCGAUUAUCGGAUUAGGUAUCAGGGACAUAAGCAGGAGUACAAGUAUUCGUGCAAAUGUUUGGUAUCGGGACAUCCCUACUUGUGACUAAACCUUAUUGUCCCAUCAGUGCAGAUCUUGGGGUCCUCUCUCAACCAAUAGGGACGGCUGUUCUGCGGACCCCCUCACAUUCAUGCAUCUUACAUUCACAACCCCUUUCAGGAAAUAUAGGGCGAUUCCCAAGUGCCUAUAAAGCAGCAGCUCCGAGAUGUGAUCCUUCUAUAGGAAACUAGUAGAGAUGAGCGAAUUUACAGUAAAUUCGAUUCGUCACGAACUUCUCGGCUCGGCAGUUGAUGCCUU